AUGCUUGUUUAUGUGGAUGACAUCAUUAUUACUGGCAAUGAUGUUUCUCAGUGUAACAAGAUCAUUCAUCAUUUGGGUACUCUUUUUCCUAUGAAAGACCUUGGAGCUCUAAAAAAAUUUCUGGGUUUGCAAGUCACUAGAAAUUUUACAGGUCUUUUUCUAUGUCAGACAAAGUAUACCAUUGAACUACUUCAGAAAUGCAAUCUUGUUGGAAUCAAACCUUGCACAUAUCCUUCUCCUGCGAACUUCAAACUUUCUGCUUCAAAUGGGGACCUUCUUACCGAUCCUACAAAAUACAAAUCUCUAGUUGGCUCAUUACAGUACCUCACAUGGACAAGACCUGACAUCAGCUAUGAAGUCAAUCAAAUUUGUCAGUUUAUGCAUGUUCCAACUACGACACAUCUUCAGGUUGCUAAGAGAGUUCUCAGAAUAUCAGUGAGUGGUUACUGUAUCUUUUUUGGUGGCAAUCCCAUUUCUUGGUCAUCCAAGAAACAACCUAUUGUUCCCGGAAGUAGUAUAGAGGCAGAGUAUGAGUCUCUUGCUUUUACUGUUGCGGAAGUGCUUUGGAUCUGUCACAUUCUCAAGGAUCUUUACAUUUUCAUUCCUACUCCUCCGUCUAUUGCCUGUGACAAUCAAAGCUCCAUUGCAUUGGCUUCAAAUCCAGCAGCAGAUAUCUUCACUAAAGGUCUCAGUACUCCAAGAUUUGAAUUUUUGAAAAACAAGCUGAAGCAUAACAUUAUCUGUAAAAGGGUCUACUAUGAGUCUGUAAACAGUGUGCCUUUAGCUCUUAGUGUCUGUACAGGUUGA